UUUUAACAUAUGCUUGCCAAUCGUUUAAAUUACUCGAAGACAAUCAAAGCUCAAAAUAUGCGAAUCAAGAGGACUUCACGGGUUGUAAUGUGUGUUUAAGGAAAGAUAUAUAUAUAUAUACCAGAAAAGAAGCUCCAAUAAAUAACAAAAUUCUCGAGCAAAUAAAUUACCCGA